AUGACAAUCAUUUAAAAAUAUAGAAUCUAUAUUGAUACCACCAAAAAUGACUAUCAAUUAUUACUUAUCAAAGUAAUUACAAGAAUGUUUAUAUCUAGCACAUGGUUGAAUUCCUUUAGCUUUAAUUUCACUCCAAUACAUAGGUCUUUAAUAUGUAUUUNACAAAAAAAUAAAAUGUUGGAUUAUUUACAGAUAUUGAUGCAAUUCCUUUUGAUAUAAAUUUUGAUGAUAUAAAAGCACCAGGAGAGUAAUUUGAUAAGAGAUAUAAAAUGGUUUGUGUAGUGAGAAUGGAUCUAAAAAUGGGAAUAGGUAAGAUAGCAGCAUAAACAGGACAUGCAGGUAUAAUUAAUGUAUUAAUAAAUGCAUAGUUUUGGGAGCAUAUAAAUAAUUAUUAAAUGAUAAAUAUGAUUUGUUAUAAAAAUGGGAAGGAAGUGGUUAAGCAAAAGUAGUAGUGAAAUGUGAGAGUCAAUAAGAAUUGCAUAAUAUAGAAGCAAAAGCAAGAUAGAAUGGAUUGAUUACAUAUAUAGUAACAGAUGCAGGUAGAACAUAAGUAAUUAUAAAUUUCAAUUAAUUUAAGGUUGAACCUGGAAGUUAAACAGUUUGUGCAAUAGGACCUGCUGAUUGUGAUCUAAUUGAUUAAGUGACUGGUCAUUUGAAAUUAUUAUGA